AUGAAAGCAAUACUAGCAUUUGUUAUAAUUGAAGUUGCAUUAUCAGCAAUAUCGAUUCCUAUUUACUUAGCUAAUGACAACCCAGGGCUUUCAUAUUCCCAGCUCAAAAAAUACCAAAGCUUAGGGUCGUCAAAUGUGAUUAUUACCAACAACCAAAAUACUCAGUAUUAUGGAGACAUAAAAAUAGGAACUCCACCCCAAAUCUUCUCUGUCCUAUUUGAUACAGGCUCUUCUUCUCUUUUUAUUCCUUCAGUUUCUUGCUAUGCCCAGAGCUGCCGUUAUCAUCAUACUUAUAAUCAUCAAAAAUCCUCAUCCUAUAUAAAAAAUGGUCAAAAGUUUGCUUCAAACUAUGAUGGAGGUGCCGUUUCAGGGUUUCUUUCGCAAGACACUGUAACUUGGGGUGGAUAUAAAAUUCCAAACGUUACCUUUGCUGAAUUAACAUUCAUGCCUGACCAAUGGAUAUCAAAUGCAUAUGACGGAGUUUUGGGAAUGUCCUGGAAAAGUCCUAAUAGCAAUGACUGCUCAGCUGUUUUUCAAUCCCUUUAUGCAGCAGGAGCUUUAGGAGAGCAUAACAGUUUCGCUAUAUUUUUGACCAGCACAGCAAAUAAAAUUGGUAGCAUCCUAACUUUAGGUGGCUACGAGCUUACUGUCUCUAAAAAUGAUUGGAUUUGGCACAAUUUGAUAUCUCAAACUUCAUGGGAAAUAAACGCUAAAUACCAUUUACUUCGCACUUUUGAUUAACAGCACAAAUAUUUAUCAACAGAUUUGCUAAAAUUAUUUUAUCCAUUUACUCGGCAAAAUCUGCAAAUUUUUGGUAUCUUUAAAGUAUCAAAAAUAUGGCCAGGAAAUAAACCUUACUGGAAUUUCAGUUAAUGGUAAAAAAAUAGGUGGGACAGGUAUGAAAGCUCUUGUUUCAACAGAAACCCCAUAUUUAUCAGGUGAUGCAAAUAUUGUGAAUCAAAUAACUCAAGAAAUACAUUUUAAUGAAGACUGCUCUCAAGUUAGCUCUCUUCCGGAUAUUACGAUUACAAUUGAUUCUACCGACUAUGUGAUUUAUCCUGAAAGCUAUAUUUUCGUAUACUCUGUAGACCAUGUACAGCAAUGCUCGCUUGGCUUGGUGCCUGAUAGUGAUGCGCAAUACGUAAAUACGUUAAUUUUAGGAGAUAUCUUCAUCAGCACUUAUUAUACUCAGUUUGAUAUGGGAAACAAAAGAAUAGGUUUUGCAACAGCCAUCCAAGACUAA